AUGCCGCAUCUGGCUUAUCCUGAGCUUGUGAAACUGCUACCCAAAGAUCACGAUUUCGAAGACCCACAUAAUGAGGCAGUCCUCAAAGCCGCAAUUCUGAAGUUUGAGACGGACGAAGCCACACCGCUGGAAUGGAAUGUGGAGGAUCUGCUGCCAUGCUAUACCUGUCUACGUCUACUGGAUGACGACAGGUUCUACACCUUUCCUUCACAUUAUGUGUCUGACUGUCCUCCUUUGAAAUGGGGCUCCAUGUUUGCCGAGGAGAGGGCCUGCAGGAGAUGUGAUAGGAAGACUGGUUACAGGAUGAAAGAGUGGAUCAGGGAGGAGAAGAAGUUGGCAGAGGACAAGGGCUACGAGUGGCAAGACUACUACGCAUGGGAGGGUGAUGAGGAUCCAGAAGAUGAGGACAGCGGAAUGGAAGAUGAUGAUGAAGAUUGGGGACUUGAGCUGAGGAGGCUGGACGAGGACGACGACGAUGAUGAUGAUAAGGACGACGACGGCGAAGACGGCGAGAGUGACUGGACAAUGGAGAGCGAGGAAGAAGCCGAGGAGGAUGAGAGCAAGGAAGAAAGCGCAUCGAAGCGAAGAAAGACAUCAUAG